UGUGUCUUAAGUAGGACCUAGAAUACCUAAAUGUCUGGACUUAAAAUAUUUUAGUGAAACAAGAAGUGAUAGAACGUGAGAAUGAGCUGGAUUAUAGCUUUGUUUAUAAUACCGACGCAAGCGCAGUUCUUCGAGACGCCGCAAAAUAUUACAAGCUCGCCAUGCACUGACAGGAAUCACAUGUUCCUCGCGCCAGGAGUGCUGACUGCGGGCGGGAACAGCAGGGCUUGCAUAUCCAGGUUUCACACUGACGGACCAGCUCACUUCCAUCUCACCCUGGGCACAGACGAUGGCGGCACUGUCUCUGCUUCCAGGGACUUGAUACCAGGCGAUGGUGGUUGCCUAGACAUAUCAGUGCCUUUAAGACCGAACACCAAAGCUGAACUUAAUGUUAAUAUAAGAUACCCAGAAGCAAACUGCGCAUGGGACCGAGGGAUCACCGUGCGAAUAGCCAGUGGUCGAGUGGUGAUAGUCCACACUGAACGAGGAAGAUACCAUCCUGGGGACACAGUUCGAUUCCGCGCUGUAGCUCUCAAAGCCGAUCUCACCCCUGCACAUACCACUAUCGAAGAGGUGUGGUUAGAAGGCCCACGGGGGGCUUGGGAUGGGGUAAAAACAGCGCAGUGGCAACGUGUGAGGACUAGACUUGGACUGAUGCAGCUACAGCAUCAGCUGGAUGAGCUGGUACCGCCUGGGAAGUGGACUAUCAGGGCUAGACUAGCAGAUGGUUCUCAGGGGUCCACGUCAUUCUCGGUGGGCAACUAUGAACUACCACCGUUCCAGCUAACUGUACGUCACGCGCCCAUCGUUCUGAGGACCAGCGAGAGACUCGUGUGGACUGUGUGUGUCAGAUACCCGUGGUCAGAAGCCGUAGAAGGCAUGCUGGUGAUCCGACUCCGCGGUGCUGGCGGCAGCGGACAGGGUCAAGGUGGCAUACGCACCGCAGUGCGCCUAAAAGCACCGCGUGCCUGCCAUAGACAUGCAGCUGCCACCAAACGGAUAGGCCUCGAUGGUACCAGCCCUCCUGAUGUCAUCGUUGCUGACUUCUCUUUCCAGGAGGAAGGAACCCGUAUCUGGCAAAAUACAACAGUCAUAUCCCAAGUAGUGGACGAUCCCGUCAAACUUGAAUUCCUUACGAAGCAUCGAGCUGUCAUAUCGCCAGGGCUACCUUAUAAAAUAAAGGUCAAGGCCUCUCGAUGGGAUGAUAAACCAGCGGUCAACGAAAGAGUUUCUGUAUGUCGAUCAACAGCUAUAACUCCUGAAGAAUCAUCUUUCAAUGCCGCAAAGGCGUCUUGUGUGGAUUCCAUCACUGAUGCCAAAGGAAUCGGCAGGGUUAUGUUCACAGCUGAUGAUAACGGCAAGCCUUACUACCACUUUCAGGCGCGUCUGUACAACGCAACGGCACACCUUGUGACCCGCUGCUCCACCACGCAAGGCCGCGCCGCGCUGGGCGCUCUGCGGACAGACUCGCGAGCGAGGACCUUACUGCCGCUUUAUCUGAACCUGGGGCACCUCACUGCACCCAUUACAGUGCACUUUGUGGUGAUUACUCGAGGUGGAAUCAUUUACCGCUGGGGUGCAACCACUCAAUGCCCCAUAACCAGCAUCACAGACCAAAUUCAUACCACCGACAGAAAUAGCAUUUGCUCCAAUCGCAAUUUCCAGAAACUGAUACUCCCAAACAAGAUUCUUGAAGGCAGGAACUCCUCAGAAUUGGACUCACUUUUGGAUAGACACUUGUCGAAAGUGAUGUUGCCGAUAAAAGUCAGUAACCAGAUGUGCCCAGACAGCCAUUUGAUCGCUUACUUCUAUUAUAAUAAUGAGUUGAUCACUGCUAGCAAACAUUUCGAAAUGGAAGAAUGCUUCGCGAAUAAGGUGGAAGCGGCCUGGACAACCCGGCAAACUCUUCCCGGAUCCGUCGCGUCCCUACAGAUCUCCACACCUGGUCCAGCUCUCUGCGCCCUGACCGUGCUAGAUACAGCAUCGAAAUGGGUGCAGCCACCAGAAAGCGUCAAGAACCUAAUGAUGCUUGGACUCAGGAAGCUGAUCGAUGGGCACCGAAACAUUACUGAGCAUGAUGCAGCUGGCGAGUGUUUCUUAACGUCAGACACACUGGACUUACCAUCAUCGAGUAUAGAACUGAUGAGUACCUGGCUAGCAUCAGCAGGAGUGAGGAUCUUCGGCGGCAACAGUCCACGCAAGCACUGCAGUGUCGUUCCUGCGGCGUUAAUGGCUGAUGACGACAAUGCACCGAGGAAAGAUUUCUCAGAGUCAUGGCUAUGGAGGUUAGCAGCCAUAGGCACCAACGACUCAGUGACUGUGUCAGCGCACGCGCCGGACUCCAUCACCAGGUUCGAGGCUUCAGCCUUCUGCCUCGCUAAGAACGGUGUUUCAGUAUCCCAACCUGCUAUUUUACAGGUGUUCCGCGAGUUCUUCAUCCACGCGGACGGUCCGCGGCGUUUGAAACGUGGGGACACCGCCAUCAUACCGUAUCGCAUCUUCAACUAUCUAUACCAAGCGAUUAGUAUCAAAAUACAAAUAUCAACGGACAGUCGUCUAAACAGCUCAACGAAUGCUGAAACGGUAUGCAUACAGCCUCGAUCAUCAGUCGCGAAACGUCUGGAAGUUUCGGCGAAACAAAAUGGCGCCGGGAGGCUACGCAUCAAAGCGUCAACUGUCAGAGAUUAUCGCUGUACCAACAAUACUAGCGGGAAGGAUGUCAGUGACGAGGUAGUCAUCCGAAUCGACGUGGAUCCUGAAGGUGUUCCCACACAGGAGUAUAAAUCAGCGAUGAUAUGCGCCAAAGAUAUUUACAGCCUGAAAAACGAACCAGUAGUGUGGAAGUGGUCUCAAAUUAAAGCGGUGCCGGGAACCGAAUAUGUGACCGUGUGGGCCGCUGGGAACACCAUUGCACCCCUGUUAGCUGACGCAGACGCACUAGUGCAGCUGCCAAGGGGCUGUGGAGAGCAGAACAUGGCGCGCCUGGCCACUAAUCUGUUGGCUUUGACCUUCCUCGAGCCUACAUCCACACCUGCCAUUAUUGCAAAGGACCAUGUCGCUAGAGGUUUUACCCGGCAGCUGCAAUACGUCCACCCGUCUGGCGGGUUUAGUGCCUUCGGCGCGUCUGAUGCCGCCGCCUCCACGUGGCUGACAGCCUUCUGUGUCCGCUACCUACGGAAAGCUUACCGGGUGAUAUCCGGGGAAGCCGCGGUGCCUCCAGUGAUUCUUCAAGCAGAACAAUGGCUGAAGGCGCAGCAAAUGGAAAAUGGCUGCUUCCGAAACCAGGGGCAUGUCUUUCAUCAUGAACUUAAGGGAGGACUAAACGAAGACGGCGAGAUAUCAAGCGUAGCUCUAACCGCUUACGUCAUAACAUCCCUCCUCGAAACCUCCCCAUUAUCUUCCAAGCUCCUCAAAAACACCCUCUCCUGCCUCCGAGCAUUACCUCCUUCCAAAUCCAAGUCCAAAGUUAACCCCCUAAGAAUUUACGCCCAUUCCAUUGUUACGUAUUCCCUCAUGAGGUUACGGAGGUAUGAGGAGGAUCUAAAGAGUGCCAAUGAGGCUUUUCUGAGGGUGAGGAGUGAUGCUGGGCUGGAACAAGAUGAGGAGUUGAGGGAGCUGCUGGAACUGCUGAGGAUGGCGAAAAGAACUGAGGACUAUGUUUGGUGGGAAACAGGUAAUCUGGCCACAUCAGUGGAAGCCACAGGCUACGCGUUACUGGCGCUGUCAGAGUGCCCGCCCGCGUUGCGUGACAACUGUGCUGCUGAUGUGGCGGGCGCUACGCGGUGGCUCGCCACGCAUAGGAAUGCUGCUGGGGGAUUUAUUUCUACACAGGACACUUUAGUGACCCUCGAAGGCCUGUCACGAUGGACCACUCUCCUUCCAUCAAUCAACAACCUGACGGUCACCAUCCGAAGCGGGGCGCACCGGAAGGAGCUUCGCCUCAACACCGCGGUCAAACUACCUGAACUCGCCAAGAUCCCUGUAACUGACCAACUCAAAAUUAGUGUUGAAGGAAGUGGGUGUGCAUUAGUUCAGGCCACUCGCUUCUACAACACGUUAUCUGAAGAGGCAGCUAAACACAACACUCUGUCCGUGCAAGUGGAUGUACAGACGGACGGGGCGUUCAACUGCGAUAACAACACGGUCUGCUUCUGCGCCGCUACUGUUGAGGUGUGCGUGCUAUGGGUGGGUCCGUUCCCGGAAAUGGCGCUGCUGGAAGUGGGCCUUCCCGGAGGCUUCGGGGCCGACGCGGCCGCGCUGUACUCACACCUACAAAGAAACGAUACGUUACUCCGUCGCAUAGAGCUGUCCCCGACCAGUGGCAAAGCUACCCUAUAUCUAGGCACACGUGACGGAAGCGACACGAUAUCUCGAGCUGGCCACCAGUGCUAUAAAAUACACGCGGUUGGGCCCAAAGCAAGGACCAAACCUGCGCAUGCCAAAGUGUUGGACUAUUACCGGCCACAUAUCAAGGAUACACAGAUGUACACCAUACCAGAAGACUGUCCAUCCCGAAUAGUCCACGAUACAAGUAACUACCACGCGUCAGACAAUCUCUUCAAUAAAGCUAAAUCAUUAACUGAUAGUGAAGAAAUACUUAUCACUCACGAAUUCUCCUUUGAGGAUAUACCUGAAGGAAUUCCACUUGAAGAUCCUUUAUACGACAAUUUAACUAAAAGAAAUCAAAAUGAGGAUUCUGAAAAGCAUAAAAACUUUAAAAACCAACUUUUAAAUAGUGAAAAUAAUAAUCGUAAUAAUAAUAUUAUUGAUGGAGCAAGAUUAAAUAAAAAUAUCAGAGAUGAAAAUGAAAUUCCAACAGAAAACGAAUAUAUAACAAAUACCAGCGUGGUUGUAACUGAUUCAGUUACAAUAAAUUCCGAUGAUACAAACUUUACAAUUAAUAGAACAAAUAUAAAUGCAAAUAUAAAUACAAAAGAUGAAAAUGAAGUUUCAAGAGAAGAUGAAUAUUUAACAAACUUUAGUGCAGUUGUAACUAAUUCCAGUAUAACUAAAAAUAGGGAAUCAGAUAGUAAAAACAACGAAGUUCAUAAAGAUAGUAAUUUAUAUAAUGGAUCAAGUGUGAAAAAUGAAAAUGACAUUCUAAAAGAAAAUGAGUACAUAGCAAAUACCAGUACAGAAACAAAUAAUGUCAAUGACCACGAAAAAGAUAAACUAAUGAACGGAGGUUAUAACAAAGAUACAACAAAUCAAUGGGAAAAUUUAGUUACCAAAGAAAUAAAUACUACAAUCGAUAUACAAAAUGAAUCGAAGAUUUCGAAUGAAGUCAUUCGUGAUACAACUUCUGAAAUACAGGAUUACAACAAAAAUGAUGUAAAAGGAGAGCUAAUACUACAUAAUACUGAAGAAAAACUAGCAGUAGACAACCCUUUGCUCAAUGAUUUCCAUGUGAUAGAUUCACAUAAGGAUCUAGAUGUACCAACGGGUAUUGAAGGACCCAUUCCUGCGAUUGUUUUGCCGCCAAAGAAUUUUGUUCCUCCGCCAGAUAUAGUUUUUCCUAUCAACACACAUUCGACGUGGAGAAGAUUUCCAGAAGUUCCAUAUAAUCCAUAUUAUUACCAACCUCCGUAUUACUAUAAACAAAAUUAUUACAUUAACCAUAAGCCAGUGUGGCCAACUGAUGAUUAAAAAAUUAUCAAUGUACUAUUUUUAAAACAAAUAGCUCAGAUCACUGUUGCAUUUAAAGUUAUACUGUACUUAAACUUAAUAAGCAUUAUU